AUGCGCGCAGCAUGCGACGCCUGCAGGCUCCGCAAGGUCAAGUGCGUGGAACAAGGCGCGCGGUGCGCCUUCUGCACCUCGCUAGACAUCCAGUGCACGGUCACUGCGCGAACGCGCAAGCGGCGUACCUCGCCCGGCUCCAUCGCGCCAGCCGCCGGCGUGCGCAAGCCCCCAGCAGCUGCUGCACCCCCGCCACCACCAGCAGGGCCCUCGCGCCAGCCGUCAUCAAGCUCGAUAAGCACGCCAGCACACCCACCGCCCAGGCCCACUGCCGCUGGGCCGCGAUCGCGCCUGCUCGGCGUGCAGGGCCUGACGCGCGCCGCGCUCGACGGGUGCCUCGAGGCCUUCUUCUCGACUGUUGGGCGCGUGUUCCGCCCCUCGCUCCCGCAGGACGUGUUCCUCCCCCGUGCGCAGGUGGCGCUGUACCACGCUGCAGGGCUCCCCGUGCCCCCCGAGCUCGGUGACACGCCGGCAGCGAGCAAGCUGCUUAUCUUGGCGGUAGCGUGCUGCGGCGCGCCCUUCUCGCACAGCUAUGCGGCGCUCGCCGAGCCGCUGUACAACCACUGCCGGAUGAUCCUCGCGCAGAAGUCCCUGCUGUCGGCCGCGUCGGCCCUCGACGCCAUCGACGCCGUCCUGCUCCUCUCUGAGCUGUACGUCCGCUCGCGGCACGCUGCGAGCGGCACGCGUGCGAGCCCGACCACGCUCGACCCGCUCGGCAAGGGCACGGUCGUCGACCUCAUGUUCUACCACAAGCUGCAUAUCCCGCUACCCGACUCGCCGGACCACAUGCGCCGCCAGACGCUGUUUUGGACAGUGUACAUCCACGACGCGAUACGCUCGGCCUCCGCGCACACAUGCUACCGCAUCGUCGACGAGGACCACGCGUGGCCCAAGCUCGUCGAGUCGGAAGCGUUCCCGUACGCGACGCUCACGCUCAACACCCGGCGGAUAUGCGAGGUGCACCUCAGUGCCAGGGCCAAGGGCGCCGGGUUUGGCGACGACGAGGUGCAAGCCACGCUGGCCGAGCUCUCAGCGCUCGGGCCAAAGCUCACCGUGUCCAUCGCGACGAUCGAGGAAGCGUGCACAGGUGACGGGCCGUCGCCGGCCACUCCGAGCCAUGCGUACCGGCCUCUCACCGCCGUCGAGCAGCUCUUCCUGCUCAGCAUGAGCAAGUGGCUGCACGUCGUCGUGUGGGUCGCGGUGCAGGAGAAUGAGGAGCGACAUCCGGGGCAAAUCAGCCCGGCCGUCCGCGCCGCCGUAGAAGCAGCGACCAUGGCCGCGUGCGAGGUCAUGGCGCGCCUCGCCGAGAUGUGCACCCAGUACGCACUGCACGUGCACGCGCCAAGAAGUAUCCGCAACCACAUGGCGAGCUUCACCCUCUUCCUCGUGCGCGCAUUCAAAGCCAUCGACAAGCCGAGCGUCGCUGAGUCAUCAAAAUACUUUGCCCUCGCCGAGACGCUCAACCGCGGUAUACGCGGCGCGACAGCGUACCCGGAUUCAAUAGCACUGGCCGACACGCUCCGCAUGGCGCUGUACCAUGCGAGCGGGGUACAGACAACCGACGCAACGCGGGUCGCGGAGCGCGGCCUGCCUGCGCUGCAGGGCGAGAGCCUGCCCGCCGAGAUUGCCCCGACGCCACUGCCAAGCGCUGUCGGCGGCGCCGCAGAAGGCGAAGAUGUUUCUUCGCCACACAUCCUGCCAGAACAACCAGCAGCAGUGCUUGGCGCCGCCAUUGCAUCUGCGCCUCUUAGUGCCCUGUUCUCGUCCACUUCGCCUGCGAGUAUCCCCACCCCGGGCGGGUGGGCAGCGUACAGCAACGUACCCUUCGACCCUGAGACUGGGCUUGAAGGCCACCCGCUCGAUUGGGCCGACUUGGUCUUUACGCUCAAAGAGUGCGGGUUUGGCUUGCCUAUCGCGCCGAACUGA